CCGCAGCCCGCCCUGGCGGUGGCCGCGCCCCGCGGGCCCGUUGCCGUGCAGCUCCGCUGCCGGCCGGUCGGAAGAUGGCGGCGCUGGGCUCCCCGCUGCGGACGCUCCGCGGGCUCCUCCGCGAGCUGCGGUUGGCGAGCGGCCCGCCCGGCCGGCCCUACCGGGACACGGCCGCCUACCGGCACCUCCUGGCGGCCUUCCGCGCUCACCGGGUCACCAGCGAGAAGCUGUGCCGGGCCCAGCAGGAGCUGCACUUCCAGGCCGCCACCUACCUGUGCCUGCUGCGCAGCGUGCGGCACCUGGCCGCCCUGCACCACGAGUACCACGGCAGGGGGGAGCGCUCGCCCGAGGAGGUGGCCGGCCUGGUGGGCUUCCGCCUGCCCCAGCAGCCGGGAGGGAAGGGUUGAAGCGCCCGCCGUCGGUUCCCCAAUAAACGUGCCCCGGUGGGGGAGCCGCCGAG